GUGGGAGCGCCGAGGGAUGAUAGCGUUUGUUAGGUGUGGCUAAUAACCACUCCUUGAAAUUAGGACAAUUACAUUUCCCUUCAAUUGGAUCGUUUUGUAAUUGUUUUGCCACAACUGAAGUCGGUUCUGUGUGUGUAUAGAAAUAUAAUUAAGUAGUUUAACAAUACAGCCAUGGAUCCUAUAAUGGAUGUUAUAAAAAAUUCUGAGGAACCAGAAUGGCUUGAAAGAAUAGUGGUGGGUGAACUUAGACUAUGGCAAAUAAUGUUUCUUUGUUUGGCUGGAAUAACAUCGAUAAUCAUAAUGGUGUGUUGCUGCUUCCGUUUCCGCAUUCCACGGACGAAACAGCAAAUCGAAGCUGACUAUCAACGCCGGAAAAUCACCUCAAAAUUUCGCCAACAACUAGAAACGAUCCAGGAUUCAAGAAUGGACGCGAUGUCUUUGAAAGAUGGUAAUGAAAAGAGCAAGACGAACUACAACAGCAUGGAAGGUGACAAUCAACAGGCAGAGUCUCAACAAAGUUCAAUAAUGUCGCCGCAACAGAGUUCACUAGAGGCUACGUACCAGCCAGAAGGGGGACAGAGGCCGGAACCGCAGGUGUCAGGCUUGAGUUUCGCCAAGAUGGCGGGAAAGGUGGCCACGAUCUCCAAACUGGGACAAUCAAAGUCACCCACUUCACCUACCUCGCCAGCACCCUCGUCAAACAAAAUAGAAUUCUAAAUUUUUAACUUACAACAUUAAGAGUACAAUUUAUGGUGUACUUUAUUCUUUUCUGUGACUUAUUUCAAAUAUUCAUACAAAGUUAUUUUACUCACUCGGAGCAUCAUAAGUUUUAUCAGAUUGUAUUAUG